ACAACACAGAGGGGCCGCAAGACCUUGGUGCUGGGACAGGGGUCCCACAACAAAUAACUCCUCAGGGGAAGAGGAAGGGGAGACUGACGUGUGGGUGGCAAGGAAGAAUAGGAGGCAGGAUCGGGAUGAAAACAACUCAACAUUUUUUUUUUUUAAAUCAGCUAACCUUGCUUUGAUGCAUAGGUGAAUGUUAAUAUAUCAGUCUACAAUGAUAGGUUUGUUUUUUCCAUAGCGCAAUAAGGAAGUUUUGUAGAUUUUUUACUCAAGCAUCUUUGGAACUGAAGAAGUUGAAGGAGCUUGGAUUCUGCUCCAGGUGUACAGGGACCACUAUUUUUUUAAGGGAUCUGUUUUAUAGUAGAUAGAAGAGCAAGAGGGUGAAUGUUGCAAUGGGAAAUGUGAUAUUGUGCAAACUUUGCGCAUCUGAAAAAGCCAUAAGGACCGUUGGAAGUGACCCUAAUUUGGAUAGGUGCCAAAACGACUCUGACCCAGGAUGUGAAGAUGGUGCUUUGUCGGACAGCAACACCAGUUUUCUGAGAGCGGCACGGUCUGGGAACAUCGACAAGGUCCUUGAGUUCCUGAAGGGUGGACAGGAUAUUGCCACCUGCAACCAGAAUGGUCUUAAUGCGCUCCACCUUGCUGCUAAGGAGGGUCAUCGGGACCUGGUGGAGGAGCUGCUUGAGAGAGGAGCGGCAGUGGACUCAUCUACAAAGAAAGGCAAUACGGCCCUGCACAUCGCCUGUCUGGCUGGGCAGAAGGAGGUGGCUCGGCUCCUAGUCAAGAGAGGUGCAGAUGUCAACUCCCAGUCACAGAAUGGAUUCACCCCAUUGUACAUGGCCUCCCAGGAGAAUCACCUGGAGGUGGUCCGCUAUCUUCUGGAAAAUGGAGGCAAUCAGAGUACAGCAACAGAGGAUGGCUUCACUCCCCUGGCCAUCGCCCUGCAGCAAGGCCACAACGCGGUAGUGUCCCUCCUCCUGGAGCACGACACCAAGGGCAAGGUGCGGCUACCCGCGCUCCACAUCGCCGCGCGCAAGGACGACACCAAGUCUGCAGCCCUGCUCCUCCAGAAUGACCACAAUGCAGAUGUCCAGUCAAAGAAUGGUAUCACGCCCCUGCAUGUGGCCUCCAAGAGAGGGAACACCAAUAUGAUUGCCCUUCUGCUGGACCGAGGAGCCCAGAUCGAUGCUAAGACAAGGGAUGGCCUUACCCCGCUACACUGUGCCGCAAGGAGUGGCCAUGACCCUGCUGUGGAGCUGCUGCUGGAGAGAGGAGCGCCCAUCCUGGCCAGGACCAAGAACGGACUGUCCCCGCUGCACAUGUCCGCUCAAGGAGACCACGUGGAGUGUGUGAAGCACCUGCUGCAGCACAAGGCGCCGGUGGAUGAUGUCACCCUGGACUAUCUGACCGCCCUGCACGUCGCCGCCCACUGCGGCCACUACAGGGUCACCAAACUGCUGCUGGACAAGAGGGCCAAUCCCAACGCCCGCGCCCUGAACGGCUUCACCCCACUGCACAUCGCCUGCAAGAAGAACAGGGUGAAGGUGAUGGAGCUGCUGGUGAAGUAUGGAGCCUCUAUCCAGGCAAUCACCGAGUCUGGUCUGACUCCCAUCCACGUCUCUGCCUUCAUGGGCCACCUCAACAUCGUCCUGCUGCUACUCCAAAAUGGAGCCUCUCCUGAUGUCCGCAAUAUCCGAGGGGAGACAGCCCUCCACAUGGCUGCGCGUGCUGGCCAGAUGGAGGUGGUGCGGUGCCUGCUGAGGAACGGGGCCCUGGUGGACGCCAUGGCCAGAGAGGACCAGACCCCUCUGCAUAUUGCGUCUCGUCUGGGCAAGACUGAGAUAGUUCAGCUGCUGCUGCAGCACAUGGCUCACCCCGACGCCGCCACCACCAACGGCUACACCCCCCUCCACAUCUCAGCCAGGGAGGGCCAGCUGGAGACAGCUGCGGUGCUGCUAGAGGCCGGGGCCUCGCACUCCCUGGCCACCAAGAAAGGAUUUACCCCUUUACAUGUAGCUGCUAAGUAUGGAAGCCUGGAUGUGGCAAAACUGCUUUUGAAGAAACAUGCACUCCCUGAUGAUGCUGGAAAGAACGGGCUCACUCCACUCCAUGUUGCAGCUCACUAUGACAACCAGGAGGUGGCACUCCUCUUGCUGGAGAACGGAGCUUCUCCCCACGCCACGGCCAAGAAUGGUUACACCCCUCUCCACAUAGCGGCGAAGAAGAACCAGACGGCGAUCGCCUCGGCCCUGAUGCAGUAUGGCGCGGAGACCAACGUGCUGACCAAGCAGGGGGUCAGCCCCUUGCACCUGGCCUCCCAGGAGGGCCACAGUGAGAUGGCCGCCCUGCUGCUGGAGAGAGGCUCUGUGGUCAACGCCUCCACUAAGACGGGUCUGACAUCUUUGCACCUCGCUGCACAGGAGGACAAAGUGAACGUUGCAGAGACACUGGCCAAGAAUAACGCCAAUCUUGAUCACCAGACAAAGCUUGGCUACACUCCACUUAUUGUAGCCUGCCACUAUGGGAAUGUGAAGAUGGUGAACUUCCUUGUGCAGCAAGGAGCCAGCGUCAACGCUAAAACAAAGAGUGGCUACACACCUCUACACCAGGCAGCCCAGCAAGGGAAUACACAUGUUAUCAACGUGCUGCUACAACAUGGGGCCAAACCCAAUGCAAUCACUGUGAAUGGGAACACUGCGUUGUCCAUCGCUAAGCGCCUUGGAUACAUCUCGGUAGUCGACACCCUGAAAGUAGUUACAGAAGAAAUAAUUACCACCACCACAACCAUUACUGAGAAACACAAGCUGAACGUUCCUGAGACGAUGACAGAAGUCUUGGAUGUGUCCGAUGAGGAGGUCUUACACCAGAUUGAAGAGGAUCCUUUUUCAGAUGAGUCGGUGGAAGUGGAAGGUGAGGACACCAUGACUGGAGAUGGAGGGGAGUACCUGAGGGCGGAGGAUCUGCGAGAGCUGGGGGAUGACUCCCUACCUGGCCAGUACCUGGAUGGGAUGACUUACCUGAGUCAUAACCUGGACAGGAGCCAUGGGACCCCCACACACCCAGAAUACAGGGAUGGCGUUUUCAUUGAAGAAAUGCUCACCAGUCACCAGGUGGCAACCCUUGCUCGAGAGAAUGAUAAGGACUCGUACAGACUGAGCUGGGGUGCUGAACACCUGGAUAACGUCAUACUGACCAAUACACUGCUGCAGUCAGGCUCUGAUUCUCCGUUCCUUGACAAUGACAACAGCAGCUUCCUGGUCAGCUUCAUGGUUGAUGCCAGGGGCGGGACCAUGCGCGGCUGUCGCCACAACGGCCUGCGCAUCAUGAUACCCCCUCAGAAGUGCUCGGCUCCCACACGGGUCACCUGCCGUCUGGUGAAGAGGCACCGGCUGGCCUCCAUGCCCCCCAUGGUGGACGGGGAGGGCUUGGCCGGCAGGAUCAUAGAGGUGGGCCCCACAGGAGCCCAGUUCCUCGGGCCUGUGAUAGUGGAGAUCCCCCACUUUGCUGCCCUGCGUGGCACAGAGCGGGAGCUGGUGAUCCUGCGCAGUGAGACGGGGGAGAGCUGGAGGGAGCACCACUGCGAACACACCGAGGAGGAGCUCAACCAGAUCCUGAACGGCAUGGACGAGGCUCUGGAUUCUCCAGAGGAGCUGGAGAAGAAACGCAUUUGCCGCAUCAUCACCAGAGACUUUCCACAGUACUUUGCGGUGGUGUCCCGCAUCAAGCAGGACAGCCACCUGAUUGGUCCAGAGGGAGGCGUGCUCAGCAGCACCUUAGUGCCCACGGUCCAGGCAGUCUUCCCUGAGGGCGCCCUCACCAAACGCAUCCGAGUCGGACUGCAGGCACAGCCAGUCCAUGCCGAUUUAGUGAAGAGGAUACUGGGUAACAAAGCAACCUUCAGUCCUAUUGUAACGUUGGAGCCAAGGAGGAGGAAGUUCCAUAAGCCCAUCACCAUGACAAUCCCGGUUCCAAAAAGCUCGACAAGCGAUGGAACAAACUGUGGAUUUGGUGGAGAUACGCCUACCCUACGGCUUUUGUGCAGCAUUACAGGAGGCACCACACCAGCUCAGUGGGAAGAUAUCACAGGCUCUACUCCCUUGACCUUUGUUAAUCAGUGUGUGUCCUUUACCACCAAUGUCUCAGCAAGAUUCUGGUUGAUAGACUGCAGACAGAUCCAGGAGUCUGUGAACUUCUCCUCCCAGGUAUAUCGGGAAAUGAUUUGUGUUCCGUACAUGGCCAAGUUUGUCAUCUUCGCCAAGACCCUGGACCCCAUAGAGGCCAGACUACGGUGCUUCUGCAUGACGGAUGACAAAAUGGACAAGACCCUUGAGCAACAGGAGAACUUCACAGAGGUGGCACGUAGUCGAGACGUAGAGGUUUUGGAAGGAAAACCAAUCUUCGCUGACUGCUUUGGAAAUCUGGUGCCUCUUACCAAGAGUGGUCAACAUCACGUCUUCAGCUUUUUUGCCUUCAAAGAAAACCGCUUGGCUCUGUUUAUCAAAGUCCGGGAUAGUGCUCAAGAACCAUGUGGAAGGUUGUCAUUCACAAAGGAGCCUCGCACAUACAGAAGUCUGGCACACAGCGCCAUUUGUAAUCUAAACAUCACACUCCCCACAUACUCCAAACAGGACUCUGAUUCUGAUCAAGAUGCAGAUGAUGAGAGUGACAAGACACAUGACAAAUUGGACUGGCAGGAUGAUGCUGACAGAAAGGAGGAAACAUUGGCAAUAGUGUCUGAUCUCCUUGGCUUUAGUUGGACUGAGCUGGCCAAAGAGUUGGAGUUCAACGAGGAUGAGAUCCAGGUGGUGCGAUCGGAGAACCCGAACUCCCUGCAGGAGCAAAGCCAGGCCCUGCUGCAGCGCUGGGUGGAGCGGGAGGCCAAGCAUGCCACUGAGGAUUGUUUGAUUAAAAGGCUCACCGCCAUCAAUCGUAUGGACAUAGUCCAUCUCCUUGAGACACAAAUGAACAAGUCAGUCCAGGAGCAGACCUCAAGGACCUAUGCAGAAAUCGAGAGGACACUGGAUCACAGUGAAGCUCUAUCUUCAGUUCAGGAAGAUGUAGACAGCCCUCGGCUGGUAAGAAGGGUGGAGUCCUCACAGCGGCAGCCCCCGGCGGUGUCCGAAGAGGACCUGUCUGUGGCCUCCCUCCUGGAUGUACCAUCCUGGUCAGAGCCUCUGGGCCACACACGCUCUGAAAGCAUGCAAGGAGAUCUCCUAGAGGAGUUGGACAUUACACAGGAUUUUAUCACCAACCCUUGGGCUGCUCGAGAAAUAAGGGCUGGGUCAUCAAAUGAGGGCCUUGACAGACAAGUAAGUCAACUGCAUUGUACAAUUAUCGCUGAACCCUCUAUGAUGAUGAUGAUGUCACAAGUGAACAAUCCACAAACACAAAAGGUGUCCCCAAUGCAAAAGAAAAGUCUCAUGGUAGACCUCACGGGGGCUGCUGCUGCUGCUGCAUUUGUGCCAUGGGACUACACUGAACAUGGAGUUCAGCCUGGGUUGACUACACACCCCCACACUACACAGGCUGAUGUGGGUUUUAUUGAAUGCAGCUCUAAGUCAACAAUCCCCAGCCCUGGAAAUCCCCUUGUGCCUGUGUCUAUUCGAGACUUUGGUCGUUGUCUUACAGAGUCAGACCAUGCUGAGACUGAUUUCAGUGACCUGUUAGCUGAACUGCGAGGGGACCUUGUUGACAUGAAGGCAAGCACAGUAGAUUCUGAGGAUGGUCACUCAAGUUCAUCCGAAACUAUUUCUUCAGCUAGCGAAAAGGAGUUUGACUCUGUUAGGCACAAUACCCAAUUUUCCACAGUUUUUGUGAAAAACAAGGCUUUGUCCACCCAAAGAGACAGUUACACAGAGAACUCUCCCAUACCCUUUAUUGAUGAGUUUGAGGAUACUACAAGUGUUCAUUACAUGACGCCCAGUGUCGUGCCAUUGGAGUCAGAAAGGUGGAUUUUACAACAAGAAACUCACACUUUCCAAGAUCCAGAGUCUAUACAGGGAUCCCCAAAACCAUAUUGCACACAGGCUCCUCCCAAUAAUGCCACAAAAUAUGAUCAACUGGCAAAUAGCUCAACUCUAAAUCAGCACAGUUUGUCUAUUGGGCAUUAUAUUAAGGAUGAUGUGAUUGUGCGACCAAAGACAUCUUUAGUCACACAAGGACAAUCACACAUUUCAAAUACUGCAAUGACAUCCAAGUCAUGUGAUGACAUAUCUGCUGUAAUCUUUGAUUCACAGCAAUUGACACCUCAACCUGUAAUUGAUAAACGUGCCCCAGUGUAUGACAGUGUUCGUGCAGAGGUUGAAGAAUCCAAAUAUGACUCAGUAGUUGCUGUAGAACUCAUUGUAAGAAAACAUCAUAUUCAGGAUGAAUGCUUAGUGGGGAGUGAUAAUGAAGAAAGUCUGCCUUUACCUGAAACCCAAAUUAAAGAAAAUGUAUCCCAGUUGGCUGAAAUUAAACCAGCUGCGUUUAUAAUGCCACACCUAACACCUUGCAUUGUGAAGAGUAGAGAUGUGCCUCAAGUCGCAGUGGCCACAACUGAAAACAUAAUGACACCAUUAUUUUCAGAAGAUAGGGGAAAUCAAUAUGUAAGCUGUACUCCUGAAACCAGUAUACCUUCCUCUCCAGAAUCUGUUGUGUCUCAGGGAGAAUUCCAGCCCCUAUAUCCAGGCUCCCAAGUCCCUGACUAUAGGGGUGCUGAAUCAAUCAGCUGCCUUAGGCAAUCCUCACCAAAAUCUGCAUCUUUUCAAAAUAGGGAUGUAGGUAUAGACAUAGAGGAGUUCUAUUCCAAUUUGGGGAUUGAUAACAGGGAUUCUAAUGUAUCACUUCCACGGUAUAUAUGCUCACGACCUGAACCGUUUGCUUCUGUUUCCAGUGACCUCUUUUCAGAGGAUAGAGGAAAUCAUUAUGUAAGCUGCACUCCUGAAACCAGUAUACCUUCUUAUCCAGAAUCUGUUGGGUCUCAGAGAGAAUUCCAGCCCCUAUAUCCAGGCUCCCAAGUCCCUGACUAUAGGGGUGCUGAAUCAAUCAGCUGCCUUAGGCAAUCCUCACCAAAAUCAGCAUCUAGGGAUAGGGAUGUAGGUCUGGACAUAGAUGAGCUUUAUUCCAAUUUGGGGAUUGAAGAGAGGGGUUUUGAUGUACCACUUCCACGGUAUAUAUGCUCACAACCUGAACCGUACAAUAUACCUUCUUCUCCAGAAUCUGUUGUGUCUCAGAGAGAAUUCGAGCCCCCAUAUCCGGGCUCCCAAAUCCCUAACUAUAGGGGUGCUGAAUCAAUCAGCAGCCUUAGGCAAUCCUCACCAAAAUCAGCAUCUUUUGAAAAUAGGGAUGUAGGUCUGGACAUAGAGGAGUUCUAUUCCAAUUUGGGGAUUGCUGUGAGGGGUUCUGAUGUACCUCUUCCAAGGUAUAUAUGCUCACAACCUGAACCAUUUGCUUCUGUUUCCGGUGACCUCUUUUCAGAGGAUAGAGGAAAUCAUUAUGUAAGCUGCACUCCUGAAACCAGUAUACCCUCUUCUCCAGAAUCUGUUGUGUCUCAGAUAGAAUUCAAGUGCCUAUAUCCAGGCUCCCAAGUCCCUGACUAUAGGGGUGCUGAAUCAAUCAGCUGCCUUAGGCAAUCCUCACCAAAAUCAGCAUCUAGGGAUAGGGAUGUAGGUCUGGACAUAGAGGAGUUCUAUUCCAAUUUGGGGAUUGAAGAGAGGGGUUUUGAUGUUCCACUUCCACGGUAUAUAUGCUCACAACCUGAACCGUACAAUAUACCUUCUUCUCCAAAAUCUGUUGUGUCUCAGAGAGAAUUCAAGCCCCCAUAUCCGGGCUCCCAAAUCCCUGACUAUAGGGGUGCCGAACCAAUCAGCUGCCUUAGGCAAUCCUCACCAAAAUCAUCAUCUUUUGAAAAUAGGGAUGUAGGUCUGGACAUAGAGAAGUUAUAUUCCAAUUUGGGGAUUGAAGAGAGGGGUUCUGAUGUACCUCUUCCAAGGUAUAUAUGCUCACAACCUGAACCGUUUGCUUCUGUGUCCGGUGACCUCUUUUCAGAGGACAGAGGAAAUCAUUAUGUAAGCUGCACUCCUGAAACCAGUAUACCCUCUUCUCCAGAAUCUGUUGUGCCUCAGAUAGAAUUCAAGUGCCUUUAUCCUAGCUCUCAAGUCUCUGACUAUAGGGGUGCUGAAUCAAUCAGCUGCCUUAGGCAAUCCUCACCAAAAUCAGCAUCUUUUGAAAAUAGGGAUGUAGGUCUGGACAUAGAUGAGCUCUAUUCCAAUUUGGGGAUUGAAGAUAGGGGUUCUGAUGUACCACUUCCACGGUAUAUAUGCUCACAACCUGAACCGUUUGCUUCUGUGCCCGGCGAAGGUAGUAGCUGUUCUGAAGAGAAGACAAGGCUUCAUUCAUUAGAGUCAAUGUCACGUGAUGAACAGAGCCCACAAUUUGCUGAUUCCCCGUUGCCUGAGUAUGACUAUCCAAUUCAUGAAAAAUAUGUUUACACCAGUAAAAGAUGGCUGUGUUCAUCCUCCAUUGGAUCAGGCAUGGAGAACAAUGACUUUAGUGAUGAAGGUGAAGAGAGACCAAAUUCAUCAGAAUCCUCAUGUUCACUUGAGACCUACAGACACGUAUCUACAGAUUCACCCAUUCCUCUGUACAGUGGCCCGUCCUUUGAGCAGUUUGUGUACGGAGCUUAUACAACAGCAUCUCCUAUAACUGUAGCUUCAGACCCUGACUUUUUUGAAAUGUAUGUUGAGGAAUUGUUUGAAGAAGACGGCUCACAUUCACCAGGAUCAGUUAGUUUAUGUGAUUCAUGCAGACCAUUGACUACUGAGUCACCUAUUCCUCAGUAUAAUUUUACUGUAUUUCAGCCAGUAUUAUACACUAGGGAUGAAUCAUCUUCAUCAACGUCGUUAGCAUCAGAUUAUGAAUGUUGUGACUUUUACGUUGAGGACUUAUUUCAAGAAAUGAGAGCAGACUCCCCGGACACCACAAGCUUAUGUGAUGAUAACAGACAACUCUCUCCUGAUUCCCCCAUUCCGGACUAUCAUCCUGCAAAGUUAGAGUCAUUACCACUCAAAGGGAGUAGAUCGUCCUCUACUACAUCACUGCUAUCAGAUAUUGAGUACCCAGAGUUGUGUCUUGAUAAGUUAUUCAGUCAGGAUCGAUCAUGGAGUCCAGAUUCAUCACGUUCACCAAACGCAUACAGACCACUAUCUCCUGAUUCACCAAUUCCACAGUUUGUUUGCCCCAAUGUUCAUCAAUGUGUCUAUGCAGGUGGUGGAUUACAUUCACCCAUACCUCCAGAAUUCGAUAUUGAAUACUCUGAGAUGUGCCUUGAGGAGUUGUUUUCUGAAAACAGAGCAGAGUCACCAGAUUCAGAAAUGCAAGACAAAUGCACUGGUAGGACUAUUCCUGAUUGCUACAACCUCAGGUCAUUAUCACCAGAUUAUCUAACGUCUGAAAAUGACUACACCUUAUAUAAACUUUCACUUGGGGAGGAAAGAAUGUCUUCACCCGAAUCAUAUUCCUCAGAAAAUUACUAUAGAAUCUUCUGUGCAGACUCCCCAGUACCCCAGUAUGGCCAUGUUUCAUGCGACACUGCAAGGUAUAGUUGGACAGCAAGACCGUCUUCUCCAGAUUCAUCCAUUGCAUCAGAUAUUGAGUUCUCUGAACUUUGUCUUGAUGAGUUGUUUAGAGAGGACAGAGCCUGGUCGCCAGAUUCACCACAUUCACCUGGCCCUCACAGACCUCUGUCUCCAGACUCUCCCAUUCAUGACUUUUGUCAUGCUAAGCUAGAUUCUAUACUAAACAUAAAAAGUAGAUCAUCCUCUACUACAUCAUUGCUAUCAGAUAUUGAGUACCCAGAGUUGUGUCUGAAUGAGUUGUUCAGUCAGGAUCGAUCAUGGAGUCCAGAUUCAUCACAUUCACCAAACACGUACAGACCACUGUCUCCUGAUUCACCAAUUCCACAGUUUGUUUGCUCAACUGUUUGUCCCUCCCUAUAUAGAUGUGGUGUACUACAUUCUCCCAUACCUCUGGAAUCAGAUAUUGAAUACUCUGAGAUGUGUAUUGAGGAAUUGUUCUCUGAAAAAAGAGCAGAGUCACCAGAUUCAGAAAUGCAAGACAAAUGCACUGGUAGGACUAUUCCUGAUUGUUACAACCUCAGGUCAUUAUCACCAGAUUCUUUAACGUCUGAAAAUGACUACUCCUUAUAUAAACUUUGGCAUGAGGAAGAAAGAAUGUGUUCACCCGAAUCAUAUUCCUCAGAAAAUUACUAUAUAAUCUUCUGUGCAGACUCCCCAGUACCCCAGUAUGGCCAUAUUUCAUGCGACACUGCAAGGUAUAGUUGGGCGGCAAGACAGUCUUCUCCAGAUUCGUCCAUUGCAUCAGAUAUUGAGUUCUCUGAACUUUCUCUUGGCGAGUUGUUCAGAGAGGACAAAGCCUGGUCACCAGAUUCAUCACAUUCACCUGGCCCUCACAGACCUCUGUCUCCAGACUCUCCCAUUCCUGUGUAUGUCUGUCCUACCUGUGAACAUUUCACCUACAGAUGUUACAGGACCUGUCCCUCUCCGGUGUCUGUAACAUCAGACAUUGAGUACUCAGAAAUGGACAUUCAAGAACAUCUACAUGAUGACAGACCAUAUUCACCCCAAUCAGUGGCUUCACUUGAUAUGAACAGGGAACUGUCCCCUGAUUCACCCGUUCCUCAAUAUGGCUUUCACAUCUGUGAAUGUUUUAACUACACAAGCAAUAGGUCAUCAUCUCCCACAUCCCUCGUGUCAGAUAUUGAAUACUCUGAAAUGUGUCUUGAAGCGUUGUUCAGUGAAGGCAGACCAGAGUCACCUGAAUCUGUACUACUGGAAAGCCACACUAGGAGAAUCAUCAAUAGCUCAGGCGAAGAUAGACCAUUAUCACCAGACUCCUUAACAUCUGAAAAUGAGUAUUUCAUUACCUUCCACGAAUGGUUAGAGGAAGAGAGACCAUCUUCUCCCCAGUCCUGUGUAUCUUUAAAUGAGUACAGACCCCUGUCUCCUGACUCUCCUACUCCAGAAUAUUCCCAUUAUACACAUGAUCAGCAGGUCUGUUUUACUUGCAGGUCGUCUCCCAUCUCCUUAUCAUCAGAUAUUGAAUACUCAGACUUUUACCUUGAAGAGUUAUUUCGAGAAAUUAGAACAGACUCCCCAGACAGCACAAAUUUAUCUGAACAGUACUGCUUAUCUGCCGAUUCCCCCAUUCCUGACUUUGGUCUUGCUAAGUUAGAUUCAAUACUAUACACAAAAAGUAGAUCGUCCUCUACUACAUCACUAUUAUCAGAUACUGAGUACCCAGAGUUGUGUCUGAAGGAGUUGUUCAGUCAGGAUCGAUCAUGGAGUCCUGAUUCAUCACAUUCGCCAAACACGUACAGACCACUGUCUCCUGAUUCACCAAUUCCACAGUUUGUUUGCCCCAAUAUUCAUCAAUAUGUCUAUGCAGGUAGUGGAUUACAUUCACCCAUACCCCCAGAAUCCGAUAUUGAAUACUCUGAGAUGUGCCUUGAAGAGCUGUUCUCUGAAAACAGAGCAGAGUCACCAGAUUCAGAAAUGCAAGACAAAUGCACUGGUAGGACUAUUCCUGAUCGUUACAACCUCAGGUCAUUAUCACCAGAAUCUAUAGCCUCUGAAAAUGACUACUCCUUAUAUUCCCUCAAUUGGUUUGAGGAGGAAAGGACGUCUUCACCAGAAUCCUUUACAUCAGAUAAUUACUGUAGAAUCCUCUGGGCAAACUCUCCUGUGCCCCAGUAUGACCAUAUAUGGUGUGACACUGCAAGACAGACCUGGGCAGCAAGAUCGAUAUCUCCAGAUUCCUCCAUUGCAUCAGAUAUUGAGUUCUCUGAACUUUGUCUUGACAAGUUGUUUAGAGAAGACAGAUCCUGGUCACCAGAUUCAUCACAUUCACCUGGACCUCACAGAACUCUGUCCACAGAAUCUCCCAUUCCUGACUUUGGUCAUGCUAAGCUAGAUUCAAUACUAUACACCAAAAGUAGAUCGUCCUCUACUACAUCACUGUUAUCAGAUAUUGAGUACCCAGAGUUGUGUCUGAAUGAGUUGUUCAGUCAGGAUCGAUCAUGGAGUCCAGAUUCAUCACAUUCGCCAAACACAUACAGACCACUGUCUCCUGAUUCACCAAUUCCACAGUUUGUUUGCCCCAAUAUUCAUCAAUGUGUCUAUGCAGGUAGUGGUUCAAUUUCACCCAUACCCCCAGAAUCAGAUAUUGAAUACUCUGACAUGGGCCUUGAAGAGUUGUUCUCUGAAAACAGAGCAGAGUCACCAGAUUCAGAAAUGCAUGACAAAUGCAUUGAUAGGACUACUCCUGAUUGUUACAACCUCAGGCCAUUAUCACCAGAAUCUAUAGCCUCUGAAAAUGACUACACCUUAUAUUCCCUCAAUUGGUUUGAAGAGGAGAGGACAUCUUCACCAGAAUCCUUUACAUCAGAUAAUUACUGUAGAAUCCUCUGGGCAGACUCUCCUGUGCCCCAGUAUGACCACAUAUCGUUUGACACUGCAAGACAGACCUGGACAGCAAGAUCGAUCUCUCCAGAGUCAUCCAUCGCAUCAGACAUUGAGUACUCUCAACUUUGUCUUGAUGAGUUGUUUAGAGAGGGCAGAUCCUGGUCACCAGAUUCAACCCAUUCACCUGGUCCUCACAGACCUCUGUCUCCAGACUCUCCCAUUCCAGAAUAUUCCCAUUCUACACAUGACCAGCAGGUGUGUUUUACUUGCCGGUCAUCGUCUCCCAUCUCCUUAGCAUCAGAUAUUGAAUACUCAGACUUUUACCUUGAAGAGUUAUUUCAAGAAAUGAGAGCAGACUCCCCAGACACCUCAAGCUUAUUGGAUGAUAACAGACAACUGUCUCCUGAUUCCCCCAUUCCGGACUAUAAUCCUGCAAAGUUAGAGUCAUUACCCCUCAAAGGGAGUAGAUCGUCCUCUACCACAUCACUGCUAUCAGAUAUUGAGUACCCAGAGUUGAGUCUUGAUGAGUUAUUCAGUCAGGAUCGAUCAUGGAGUCCAGAUUCAUCACAUUCACCAAACACAUACAGACCGCUGUCUCCUGAUUCACCAAUUCCACAGUUUGUUAGCCCCAAUAUUCAUCAAUGUGUCUAUAAGUCUAGUGGAUUAGAUUCACCCAUACCUCCAGAAUUCGAUAUUGAAUACUCUGAGAUGUGCCUUGAAGAGUUGUUCUCUGAAAACAGAGCAGAGUCACCAGAUUCAGAAAUGCAAGACAAAUGCACUGAUAGGAAUACUCCUGAUUGUUACAACCUCAGGCCAUUAUCACCAGAAUCUAUAGCCUCUGAAAAUUACUACAACUUAUAUUCCCUCAAUUGGUUUGAAGAGGAAAGGACGUCUUCACCAGAAUCCUUUUCAUCAGAUAAUUACUGUAGAAUCCUCUGGGCAGACUCUCCUGUGCCCCAGUAUGACCAUAUAUGGUGUGACACUGCAAGACAAACCUGGACAGCAAGAUCGAUCUCCCCAGAGUCGUCAAUUGCAUCAGAUAUCGAGUACUCUCAACUUUGUCUUGAUGAGUUGUUUAGAGAGGACGGAGCCUGGUCACCAGAUUCAUCACAUUCACCUGGUCCACACAGACCUCUGUCUACAGAUUCUCCUAUUCCUGUGUAUGGCUGUCCUACCUACACGAAACCAUCCAUCAGAGCAACAGACUGUGAAGUGUCAGCCUCUGAUGAUAUUGCAUUUAAUCAGAAGGGUAGACUAAGGUCCAAAGUGGGGUCACACCAGUUGAUGUCACACAUUUAUGACCCACUUUUUAAAGGGACACACCUCAGUAAUACGGUUAUGACUAUGGAUCAAACAGAAUCUGGGCUGAAAAGAACAGCAGAAAGAAAUACAGACGAAUCGGCAAGAGACCAAAGCCAAAUAAUAGAGAUUUGGGAUCAGGUCCAGGCUAGAAGACGAAGACUGUGGUCUCGGGACAGACCAGAUUCGCCUGAAUGUGUAAUACCGGAAAGCCACGCUAUCAGAACCACCAUUAGCUCAGGUGAACAUAGACCAUCGUCACCAGACUCCCUAACAUCUGGAAAUGAGUAUUUCAAUACUUUCUAUGAAUGGUUAGAAGAAGACAGACCAUCUUCUCCAGAGUCCUGUGUAUCUUUAAAAGAGCACAGACCCCUGUCUCCUGACUCUCCUAUUCCAGAUUAUUGCCAUUAUACACAUGACCAGAAGGUCUGUUUUACUUGCAGGCCAUCGUCUCCCAUCUCCUUAGCAUCAGAUAUUGAAUACUCAGACUUUUACCUUGAAGAGUUAUUUCAAGAAAUUAGAGCAGACUCCCCAGACAGCGCAAACUUAUCUGAAGAGUACAGGUUAUCUGCCGAUUCCCCCAUUCCUUACUUUGGUCAUGCUAAGCUAUAUUCCAUACUAUACACCAAAAGUAGAUCGUCCUCUACUACAUCACUGCUAUCAGAUAUUGAGUACCCAGAGUUGUGUCUGAAUGAGUUGUUCAGUCAGGAUCGAUCAUGGAGUCCAGAUUCAUCACAUUCACCAAACACAUACAGACCACUAUCUCCUGAUUCACCAAUUCCACAGUUUGUUUGCCCCAAUGUUCAUCAAUGUGUCUAUGCAGGUGGUGGUUCACAUUCACCCAUACCUCCAGAAUCAGAUAUUGAAUACUCUGAAAUGGGUCUUGAGGAGUUGUUCUGUGAAAACAGAGCAGAGUCACCAGAUUCAGAAAUGCAAGACAAAUGCACUGGUAGGACUAUUCCUGAAUGUUACAACCUCAGGCCAUUAUCACCAGAAUCUAUAGCCUCUGAAAAUGACUACACCUUAUAUUCCCUCAAUUGGUUUGAGGAAGAAAGGACGUCUUCACCAGAAUCCUUUACAUCAGAUAAUUACUGUAGAAUCCUCUGGGCAGACUCUCCUGUGCCCCAGUAUGGCCAUAUAUGCUGUGACACUGCAAAACAGACCUGGACAGCAAGAUCGAUAUCUCCAGAUUCCUCCAUUGCAUCAGAUAUUGAGUUCUCUGAACUUUGUCUUGACGAGUUGUUUAAAGAAGACAGGGCCUGGUCACCAGAUUCAUCACAUUCACCUGGACCUCACAGAACUCUGUCCACAGAAUCUCCCAUUCCUGACUUUGGUCAUGCUAAGCUAGAUUCAAUACUAUACACCAAAAGUAGAUCGUCCUCUACUACAUCACUGUUAUCAGAUAUUGAGUACCCAGAGUUGUGUCUGAAUGAGUUGUUCAGCCAGGAUCGACCAUGGAGUCCAGAUUCAUCACAUUCACCAAACACAUACAGACCACUGUCUCCUGAUUCACCAAUUCCACAGUUUGUUAGCCCCAAUAUUCAUCAAUGUGUCUAUAAGUCUAGUGGAUUAGAUUCACCCAUACCUCCAGAAUUCGAUAUUGAAUACUCUGACAUGUACCUUGAAGAGUUGUUCUCUGAAAACAGAGCAGAGUCACCAGAUUCAGAAAUGCAAGACAAAUGCACUGAUAGGAAUACUCCUGAUUGUUACAACCUCAGGCCAUUAUCACCAGAAUCUAUAGCCUCUGAAAAUUACUACAACUUAUAUUCCCUCAAUUGGUUUGAAGAGGAAAGGACGUCUUCACCAGAAUCCUUUACAUCAGAUAAUUACUGUAGAAUCCUCUGGGCAGACUCUCCUGUGCCCCAGUAUGACCAUAUAUGGUGUGACACUGCAAGACAGACCUGGACAGCAAGAUCGAUCUCCCCAGAGUCGUCAAUUGCAUCAGAUAUCGAGUACUCUCAACUUUGUCUUGAUGAGUUGUUUAGAGAGGACGGAGCCUGGUCACCAGAUCCAUCACAUUCACCUGGUCCUCACAGACCUCUGUCUACAGAUUCUCCCAUUCCUGUGUAUGGCUUUCCUACCUACACAAAACCAUCCAUCAGAGCAACAGAAUGUGAAGUGUCAGCCUCUGAUGAUAUUGCAUUUAAUCAGAAGGGUAGACUAAUGUCCAAAGUGGGGUCACACCAGUUGAUGUCACACAUUUAUGACCCACUAUUUAAAGGGACACACCUCAGUUAUACGGUUAUGACUAUGGAUCAAACAGAAUCUGGGCUGAAAAGAACAGCAGAAAGAAAUACAGAAGAAUGGGCAAGAGACCAAAGCCAAAUAAUAGAGAUUUGGGAUCAGGUCCAGGCUAGAGGACAAAGACUGUGGUCUGGGGACAGACCAGAUUUGCCUGAAUGUGUAAUACCGGAAAGCCACGCAAUCAGAACCACCAUUAGCUCAGGUGAACAUAGACCAUCGUCACCAGACUCCCUAACAUCUGGAAAUGAGUAUUUCAAUACUUUCUAUGAAUGGUUAGAAGAAGACAGACCAUCUUCUCCAGAGUCCUGUGUAUCUUUAAAAGAGCACAGACCCCUGUCUCCUGACUCUCCUAUUCCAGAUUAUUGCCAUUAUACACAUGACCAGAAGGUCUGUUUUACUUGCAGGCCAUCGUCUCCCAUCUCCUUAGCAUCAGAUAUUGAAUACUCAGACUUUUACCUUGAAGAGUUAUUUCAAGAAAUUAGAGCAGACUCCCCAGACAGCGCAAACUUAUCUGAAGAGUACAGGUUAUCUGCCGAUUCCCCCAUUCCUUACUUUGGUCAUGCUAAGCUAUAUUCCAUACUAUACACCAAAAGUAGAUCGUCCUCUACUACAUCACUGCUAUCAGAUAUUGAGUACCCAGAGUUGUGUCUGAAUGAGUUGUUCAGUCAGGAUCGAUCAUGGAGUCCAGAUUCAUCACAUUCACCAAACACAUACAGACCACUAUCUCCUGAUUCACCAAUUCCACAGUUUGUUUGCCCCAAUGUUCAUCAAUGUGUCUAUGCAGGUGGUGGUUCACAUUCACCCAUACCUCCAGAAUCAGAUAUUGAAUACUCUGAGAUGUGCCUUGAAGAGUUGUUCUCUGAAAACAGAGCAGAGUCACCAGAUUCAGAAAUGCAAGACAAAUGCACUGAUAGGAAUACUCCUGAUUGUUACAACCUCAGGCCAUUAUCACCAGAAUCUAUAGCCUCUGAAAAUGACUACACCUUAUAUUCCCUCAAUUGGUUUGAGGAAGAAAGGACGUCUUCACCAGAAUCCUUUACAUCAGAUAAUUACUGUAGAAUCCUCUGGGCAGACUCUCCAGUGCCCCAGUAUGGCCAUAUAUGCUGUGACACUGCAAGACAGACCUGGACAGCAAGAUCGAUAUCUCCAGAUUCCUCCAUUGCAUCAGAUAUUGAGUUCUCUGAACUUUGUCUUGACGAGUUGUUUAAAGAAGACAGGGCCUGGUCACCAGAUUCAUCACAUUCACCUGGACCUCACAGAACUCUGUCCACAGAAUCUCCCAUUCCUGACUUUGGUCAUGCUAAGCUAGAUUCAAUACUAUACACCAAAAGUAGAUCGUCCUCUACUACAUCACUGUUAUCAGAUAUUGAGUACCCAGAGUUGUGUCUGAAUGAGUUGUUCAGUCAGGAUCGAUCAUGGAGUCCAGAUUCAUCACAUUCGCCAAACACAUACAGACCACUGUCUCCUGAUUCACCAAUUCCACAGUUUGUUUGCCCCAAUAUUCAUCAAUGUGUCUAUGCAGGUAGUGGUUCAAUUUCACCCAUACCCCCAGAAUCAGAUAUUGAAUACUCUGACAUGGGCCUUGAAGAGUUGUUCUCUGAAAACAGAGCAGAGUCACCAGAUUCAGAAAUGCAAGACAAAUGCACUGAUAGGAAUAAUCCUGAUUGUUACAACCUCAGGCCAUUAUCACCAGAAUCUAUAGCCUCUGAAAAUGACUACACCUUAUAUUCCCUCAAUUGGUUUGAAGAGGAGAGGACAUCUUCACCAGAAUCCUUUACAUCAGAUAAUUACUGUAGAAUCCUCUGGGCAGACUCUCCUGUGCCCCAGUAUGACCACAUACCGUAUGACACUGCAAGACAGACUUGGACAGCAAGAUCGAUCUCUCCAGAGUCAUCUAUCGCAUCAGACAUUGAGUACUCUCAACUUUGUCUUGAUGAGUUGUUUAGAGAGGGCAGAUCCUGGUCACCAGAUUCAACCCAUUCACCUGGUCCUCACAGACCUCUGUCUCCAGACUCUCCCAUUUCAGAAUAUUUCCAUUCUACACAUGACCAGCAGGUGUGUUUUACUUGCCGGUCAUCGUCUCCCAUCUCCUUAGCAUCAGAUAUUGAAUACUCAGACUUUUACCUUGAAGAGUUAUUUCAAGAAAUGAGAGCAGACUCCCCAGACACCUCAAGCUUAUUGGAUGAUAACAGACAACUGUCUCCUGAUUCCCCCAUUCCGGACUAUAAUCCUGCAAAGUUAGAGUCAUUACCCCUCAAAGGGAGUAGAUCGUCCUCUACCACAUCACUGCUAUCAGAUAUUGAGUACCCAGAGUUGAGUCUUGAUGAGUUAUUCAGUCAGGAUCGAUCAUGGAGUCCAGAUUCAUCACAUUCACCAAACACAUACAGACCGCUGUCUCCUGAUUCACCAAUUCCACAGUUUGUUAGCCCCAAUAUUCAUCAAUGUGUCUAUAAGUCUAGUGGAUUAGAUUCACCCAUACCUCCAGAAUUCGAUAUUGAAUACUCUGAGAUGUGCCUUGAAGAGUUGUUCUCUGAAAACAGAGCAGAGUCACCAGAUUCAGAAAUGCAAGACAAAUGCACUGAUAGGAAUAAUCCUGAUUGUUACAACCUCAGGCCAUUAUCACCAGAGUCUAUAGCCUCUGAAAAUGACUACUCCUUAUAUUACCUCAAUUGGUUUGAGGAGGAAAGGACAUCUUCACCAGAAUCCUUUACAUCAGAUAAUUACUGUAGAAUCCUCUCGGCAGACUCUCCUGUGCCCCAGUAUGACCAUAUAUUGUGUGACACUGCUAGACAGACCUGGGCAGCAAGAUCGAUAUCUCCAGAUUCCUCCAUUUUAUCAGAUAUUGAGUUCUCUGAACUUUGUCUUGACGAGUUGUUUAGAGAAGACAAAUCCUGGUCACCCGAUUCAUCACAUUCACCUGGACCUCACAGACCUCUGUCCACAGACUCUCCCAUUCCUGACUUUGGUCAUGCUAAGCUAGAUUCAAUACUAUACACCAAAAGUAGAUCAUCCUCUACUACUUCACUGCUAUCAGAUAUUGAGUACCCAGAGUUGUGUCUGAAUGAGUUGUUCAGCCAGGAUCGAUCAUGGAGUCCAGAUUCAUCACAUUCACCAAACACAUACAGACCACUGUCUCCCGAUUCACCAAUUCAACAGUUUGUUUGCCCCAAUGUUCAUCAAUGUGUCUAUGCAGGUAGUGGUUCACAUUCACCCAUACCCCCAGAAUCAGAUAUUGAAUACUCUGAGAUGUGCCUUGAAGAGUUGUUCUCUGAAAACAGAGCAGAGUCACCAGAUUCAGAAAUACAAGACAAAUGCACUGAUAGGACUAUUCCUGAUUGCUACCUCAGAUCAUUAUCACCAGAAUCUAUAGGCUCUGAAAAUGACUACCCCUUAUAUUACCUCAAUUGGUUUGAGGAGGAAAGGACAUCGUCACCAGAAUCCUUUACAUCAGAUAAUUACUGUAGAAUCCUCUGGGCAGACUCUCCUGUGCCCCAGUAUGACCACAUACCGUAUGACACUGCAAGACAGACUUGGACAGCAAGAUCGAUCUCUCCAGAGUCAUCUAUCGCAUCAGACAUUGAGUACUCUCAACUUUGUCUUGAUGAGUUGUUUAGAGAGGGCAGAUCCUGGUCACCAGAUUCAAACCAUUCACCUGGUCCUCACAGACCUCUGUCUCCAGACUCUCCCAUUUCAGAAUAUUUCCAUUCUACACAUGACCAGCAGGUUUGUUUUACUUGCCGGUCAUCGUCUCCCAUCUCCUUAGCAUCAGAUAUUGAAUACUCAGACUUUUACCUUGAAGAGUUAUUUCAAGAAAUGAGAGCAGACUCCCCAGAGACCACAGGCUUAUGGGAUGAUAACAGACAACUGUCUCCUGAUUCCCCCAUUCCGGACUAUCAUCCUGCAAAGUUAGAGUCAUUACCCCUCAAAGGGAGUCGAUCGUCCUCUACUACAUCACUGCUUUCAGAUAUUGAGUACCCAGAGUUGUGUCUUGAUGAGUUAUUCAGUCAGGAUCGAUCAUGGAGUCCAGAUUCAUCACAUUCACCAAAAACAUACAGACCGCUGUCUCCUGAUUCACCAAUUCCACAGUUUGUUUGCCCCAAUAUUCAUCAAUGUGUCUAUGCGGGUAGUGGAUUAGAUUCACCCAUACCUCCAGAAUUCGAUGUUGAAUACUCUGACAUGUGCCUUGAAGAGUUGUUCUCUGAAAACAGAGCAGACUCACCAGAUUCAGAAAUGCAAGACAAAUGCACUGAUAGGAAUGCUCCUGAUUGCUACAACCUCAGGUCAUUAUCACCAGAAUCUAUAGCCUCUGAAAAUGACUACACCUUAUAUUACCUCAAUUGGUUUGAGGAGGAAAGGACAUCUUCACCAGAAUCCUUUACAUCAGAUAAUUACUGUAGAAUCCUCUCGGCAGACUCUCCUGUGCCCCAGUAUGACCAUAUAUGGUCUGACACUGCAAGACAGACCUGGGUGGCAAGAUCCAUCUCCCCAGAGUCAUCAAUUGCAUCAGACAUUGAGUACUCUCAACUUUGUCUUGAUGAGCUGUUUAGAGAGGACAGAUCCUGGUCACCAGAUUCAUCACAUUCACCUGGCCCUCACAGACCUCUGUCUCCAGACUCUCCCACUCCAGUGUAUGGCCGUCCUACCUGUGAACAUUUAACCUACAGAUGUUAUAGGAACUGUCCCUCUCCAGAAUCUGUCACAUGCGGCUACAGAUCACCAUCCGAGUACCUGUGGUCAGAUGUGGAGUAUGCAGAUGACUGUUACUUCCAUAUUGACGAACGCACAUCAUCUCCUGAAUCAAUUAUUGACAGUUACACAGUUAAUAGUUAUAUACCUACAAUUCAUUCACAAUAUGGGUCAUAUGAGAGUAGUGCAACUGUUAAAAUAACCUCUUCCAAUCUGUCUAUGACACCUGACUAUCGGUCUGCUAUUGCUUUAUCAUCCACAUCUAAUUCUGGUCGAGAGAGCAUGAAUGCGAUGAAGUCCAGGAAGAGAGCUAGAAAAAUAAAGCAGCAGCUGCCAGAUGAUGCAGAGUGCUGUAAAACUAAAAUUAUAUUGCUGGAUAUAAGUGAUGAACUGGACUGUUCAUUAGAGACUGCUUCAUUUACCACAAUGCUGUCAGCAAAUUGCUUUGGCUCAAAAAGUGAAACUUGUCACAAAAGUGUUCAACAACAAAUUGAAAAAACAACAUUGAGAGAAGAAAUGGUUGUGCAAACCCAGUCCAUUGAAUCACACAAUGAAACGUGGGAGUAUGGAAAGGUACAUUCUAAUAUCCACCACACUACAUGUAACUCACAUGCCAUGUCCCUACAUCAGGAUACAUUUGUCUCAUCUGAACCAGAUACUCCAGACAUAUACCUUCUCACUAAAUCAGGUGUAAAGGAAACCCGUACUGAUCAGUCUGUCAGAUCCAUAUCACCAGAAUCUCUGUCCUCUCACGAUUAUUAUUCAUUCAUUGACCGGGAAAGAUGGGCUGAAGAGAUCAGGUCUUGUUCUCCCAAUUCAACGACAUCUGUUACUGCCUAUUCUGCCCUGCCACCAGAUUCUCCCUUACCCCAGUUCAUAGGUACGCAUGAGAGGUUUGCAGUGCCCUCCUCAGGGAUUAAAAGCUUGACAAAUAGCCCCUCUUCUGAAUCAGACAUCUCUGACAGUGAUGGAGCACUCUGCUGUCAAGACUCUGUGUUCACUGAAACAAGGAAUCGGUCCCCAGACUCAGCUUCUUCAGUUAGUAAACCCAAGUGUUUCUCACACGAUUCACAAGUUCCUCCGUGUAGAGAAUUGCCCUAUUCCUAUGCAGACGCAGUUAAAGCAAACAGGUCAUCAUCCCAUCAUUCUUUAGCACCACACACCACAGAUAUUGAUAAUUACUCAGCUGAUUGCAAUGAAGAGAAGAGACCAUACUCAGCGGAUUCACUUACCACGGAGACAGCUAUAUGUAUGUUACCAGAAUGCUCCAGAAACGAAUGCAGAUCUGUCACACCAGAGUCUCUUACAUCAGCAGAUGAGCUUUUGUAUGCAAGCUGCUUUAAAGAUAGGAGGCCGUCCUCUCCUGGGACUCCCACAACUGAUGCCAAUUGUAAUCUGCCACCAGAUUCUCCAGUGCCACAGUACUAUCUUAAUCCAACAGUUGUAUCGCACUCUACUGGUUUCCAGUGCUCCUCCCCCAUGUCAGCAGUGUCAGACAGUGAGAGCGAUGGGUAUUAUUAUCUGCAAGACUCCUUCCUUCUUGAGGAGAGGCCUUUAGUAUCUCCUGACUCAGUUUCUUUCUCCAGGCCCCUUACUCCUGACUCGCCUGUUCCCCAGUUUAAUUUGUGCACACCACAGAUUAUCCAGCCACACAGAUCUGCAUCCCCACUGUCCAUGUCAUCAGACACAGAGUGUUAUGAAAACAGCUUGAAGUGCGAACAUAUGUCACAUGAGGUCAGGCCAGAAUCUCCCAUGUCAGUUUCAGCAGAUGAACAAUAUGUGUUUGCGUCAGAAACAAAAUAUUCUUUGAUUACCAGCUCUCCAUUAUCCCAGUCUGCCAUUAUAGAAAGUGAUAAUGACCUUUCAGAGGACUUAUAUGCGGAAAUAGGCCCAUCACCAGAAGCAUUGUCAUUAGUUUCUGAGGGUAGGCAUCUGUCUGUUGAUUCCCCUGUUCAACAGUACCAUAACCUUGAGGAUAGUACCAUGUAUUCAUGGGGUCAAUCUUGUUCUUCACAUUCUUGUAAAUCUGUAUCAUCUGACACCGAAUACUCACAACAUAGUAUUGAGGGGUUGUGCCACAAGGAAAGAACAAAUGUACCCCAGUCACAAUGGCGCGAUUCUGACUCUGAAACCCGAUCUCUAUCUCCAGAGUCUGCAAGUACCUCAGGUAGCAUUGAGGAUUUCCUUAUGGAGUUGUGUCAGUGGCGUAGGCCAUCCUCUCCUGAAGCAUACUGUGAAUUGGAUGCAUUCAGCAUCCUCUCACCUGACUCACCUGUUCCCCAGUACGGAUGUUCAUUGGCUGUCAACUUUCCUCAUUCUACAUAUCUCAGAUGUACAUCUGCUUUGUCUCUGAUAUCAGAAAACUCAGAGGAGGAACAGUGUUUUGACUGUUUCACAGAGAGCAGGCCCAUGUCUCCAGAAUCUGCUUGUUCUUUGAGUGAAUUUAGACCCCUAUCACCCGACUCUCCAGUGCCUUAUUAUGGACAUCAUAUCUCAUUGUCAGCACUGACCAGAUCCUCUACACCUGCUUCCUUGGUGUCAGAUAUAGAUAUUGCUGAACCUGAAAGUGAACCAUUUAGCUAUAAUGAAAGGGCGGAAUCACCCGAGUCUGCUAUUCUUGACGAGGAAAAUGAAGGAAAUAUGACAUUUUUUGAUAUAUUGGAACCUAAAAUGAUACCUGACAAUGAGUGUGAGCCAGUACAGUUUAAACUCUUUUCUGAUCUAGUUAGAAAAACGUCAUCCAAGUCAGACAAUAUAAUAGGUGAUCCCAGUGCCCUCAGCUCUGAUGUCUUGUUGCCCCAGUGUAGUUUUCCACCAGAUAAACACAUUCUGCCUUUUACAGUAUGCACAUCUCCAUCAGCAGAGCAGUCAGAGUUAGACAACAAAACUUUCUCAGAGAAUGAAAGAUUGGACUCAUAUGAACUAGAGUCAGUGCAUUCUGAAAGUGCAUCUCCAUCAACAACACCAAUGAUCUUAUAUUCAGACCAGUCAGAGUUAGACAUUGAAAUUUGCUUAGAGAAGGAAAGACCGGACUCAUACGGACCAGAGUCAUUGCAGUCUAAAAUUGGAGAAUGUAGGGAUAUGCAUGCUGUAGUUGCACAGAGGCGUCCGUCGCCUGUAUCCGACAUUUCUGACAGUGAUGGAGGAGCACAGCUAUAUCUGGAUUACCUAGAUGAUUACACAAGGCCUGUUUCUCCUGAAUCAGUCUCCUCUUUUAAUGAAUACACAUGCUUGCCAGCUGACUCACCAGUUCCGCAGUUUAGAACUUUAUUUUCAAACACCAGAGUAUCAUUUCCCAGAGAUAGGUCAUCCUCUCCCGAAUCAUUAAAAUCUGACUCAUCUGAUGAAUACAUGAUUUUUGAUCUAGAGGACGUUUUCCAAACGCGGCCUGAAUCUCCCCAGUCUGAUUUUUAUGAUAAUGAGUGUAAAGGAACUGUGUCCUCCUCACCCAGUAGCGCAGACGUAAUAGCUAAGACAGAGACAGUAGAUAAUGUGACAUCAAAUUCUGUGCCUGUGCUCCAGCUGGUAUACAAAGCAGUCCCAAACAAACUAAUGGCCCAUGUGUUUGACCCACCCUAUAAAGGCGAAACAUUCACAAGUAAGACUGGAGUUUUUGAAAGAGUAGAUCCAAGAAUGUAAAUAAGAGAGAGAAAGAUAAAAGCCACGUUAAUUUAGAUAAAUUAGUAUUAUUAAACACCUGCUUCUUUGUUUUGAUGACAUCAAUGUUAAUUUCAGUACAGAUAGAAUUCAAGAUUCACGUCAUGACCUCACCAUAUACUGUAUACCCUUGCAAAACAAAACAAUGAAUUACCAAUAGUAAACUGCAAUUGCCCGUUUUCUUGCAGCUAUAGUGUGGUAGGAUUGAUUUUGAAAGGGAGGGAUUAUUAGGUUUGAAAUAGUUUUCUGCAGUAUGUUUUGGAAUUGAUUUGAUCAAUAGGUCUCCCUAAAAUGUAGGAUUAGCACAGAACAACUGAUUAGGAAAUCAUUCAGGUAAGAUGUGGUAAAUCAAAGCAAAUGUUUUAAAUUCUUAUUAUUAUCAUAUUAUCUAUUUUGGCCUUUGGCAUAGCAUGUAUCUGCAGUGAUGUCACUAGUGAAGUAUGAUGGGUUUCCUGUUUAAUUAUGUAUUUUUGAAAAACAAAUCCUUUGGAUUUUAAAAUGAAUCAGUCUAUAUAACUUUAUUUUAUGUGCAUCAGUGAAUAGCAUGUCUGAUUCCUUCAAAACAAGGUACAUACUGCUAGUCCUCCACAUGCAUUUUACCAAAACCUAAACUUCACAUCAGCCUAACACGUCAUUUUCAAAUCAACACCUUUGAGUCACAUAUUUGAGUCAUUUGCCAGUUGACAUAUUACUCAAUCAAAUAAACGACAACAUCAAGAGUAUCAACACAAGAAACCCCCAGUGAAGAAGAGGACAGUAUGUUUUUCAAGUCUGUAGAAAGUAACAACUGGAAAACGGCCCUCAAGACACUCGAGACAAGUGGGUUGGACACAGCUCGCAUUUGGAUUGAUGACACAGGUUCUCAGAUGGCUCCCAGUGUUGGUUUUGGGAGCUUUGGAACAAAUUGUCUUUUCUCAUUCUGAGCAAAGCCAAAUGGAGCUCUCUGACAAGGACUUUUCAUCCUUAAAGUCA